AUGGAGCCGGGGGCCCCGGCCCGCACUGGUCCCCCGCAGCCGGCCGCCCCGGGGCUCUGGAGGGCUCGGCCGGCGGGCGGCGGGGGCGCCUCCUCCUGGCUGCUGGACGGAAACAACUGGCUGCUGUGCUAUGGCUUCCUCUACCUGGCGCUCUACGCGCAGGUGUCCCAGUCCAAGCCGUGCGAGAGGACUGGCUCCUGCUUCUCCGGCCGCUGUGUCAACUCCACCUGCGUCUGCGACCCGGGCUGGGUGGGGGACCAGUGCCAGCACUGCCAGGGCAGGUUCAAGUUAACAGAACCUUCUGGAUAUUUAACAGAUGGUCCAAUUAACUAUAAGUAUAAAACUAAAUGUACAUGGCUAAUUGAAGGCUAUCCAAAUGCAGUGUUAAGAUUAAGAUUCAACCAUUUUGCUACAGAAUGUAGCUGGGAUCAUAUGUAUGUUUAUGAUGGAGAUUCAAUAUAUGCACCUUUAAUAGCUGUGCUUAGUGGGUUGAUCGUCCCCGAAAUCCGGGGAAACGAAAGUGUGCCUGAAGUUGUUACAACGUCCGGCUAUGCACUGUUACAUUUUUUUAGCGAUGCUGCAUAUAAUCUAACUGGUUUCAACAUUUUUUAUUCAAUCAAUUCUUGUCCUAACAAUUGCUCUGGUCAUGGGAAGUGUACAACCAGUGUCUCUGUUCCAAGUCAAGUGUAUUGCGAAUGUGAUAAAUACUGGAAGGGCGAAGCGUGUGAUAUUCCCUACUGUAAAGCCAAUUGCGGCAGCCCGGAUCAUGGUUACUGUGACCUCACUGGAGAAAAAUCGUGUGUCUGCAACGAUAGCUGGCAAGGUCCUGAUUGUUCUUUGAAUGUUCCUUCCACUGAGUCUUACUGGAUUCUGCCAACUGUUAAGCCCUUCAGUCCUUCUGUCGGUCGAGCUUCCCAUAAAGCAGUUUUACAUGGGAAGUUUAUGUGGGUGAUUGGUGGAUAUAGUUUUAACUACAGUUCUUUUCAAAUGGUCCUGAAUUACAAUUUAGAGAACAACAUAUGGAAUGUGGGAACUCCGUCAAGGGGACCUCUCCAGAGAUACGGACACUCUCUUGCUUUGUAUCAGGAAAACAUCUUCAUGUAUGGAGGCAGAAUUGAAACUCACGACGGCAAUGUCACCAAUGAACUGUGGAUCUUUAACAUACAGAGCCAGUCCUGGAGCACAAAAACUCCUACUGUGCUUGGCCAUGGGCAGCAGUAUGCUGUGGAGGGACACUCCGCACACAUAAUGGAGCUGGACAGUCGAGAUGUUGUCAUGAUCAUAAUAUUUGGAUAUUCCGCUAUAUAUGGUUAUACAAGCAGCAUCCAGGAAUACCACAUCUCAUCCAACACUUGGCUUGUUUCAGAAACGAAAGGAGCUAUUGUUCAAGGUGGAUAUGGUCACACCAGUGUGUAUGACGGAAUAACAAAGUCCAUUUACGUUCAUGGCGGCUAUAAAGCAUUGCCAGGCAACAAAUAUGGAUUGGUAGAUGACCUUUAUAAGUAUGAAGUUAACACUAAAACUUGGACUAUUUUGAAAGAAAGUGGGUUUGCCAGAUACCUUCAUUCAGCUGUUCUUAUCAAUGGAGCUAUGCUUAUUUUUGGAGGAAAUACCCAUAAUGACACAUCCUUGAGUAACGGUGCAAAAUGUUUUUCUGCCGAUUUCCUGGCAUAUGACAUAGCUUGCGAUGAAUGGAAAAUAUUACCGAAGCCAAAUCUUCAUAGAGAUGUCAACAGAUUUGGACACUCUGCAGUUGUCAUUAAUGGGUCCAUGUAUAUAUUUGGAGGAUUUUCUAGUGUGCUCCUCAAUGACAUCCUUGUAUACAAGCCUCCAAGUUGCAAGGCUUUUAGAGAUGAAGAACUUUGUAAAAAUGCUGGUCCAGGGAUAAAAUGUAUUUGGAAUAAAAAUUACUGUGAAUCUUGGGAAUCUGGGACUACGAAUAAUAUUCUUAGAGCAAAGUGUCCUCCUAAGUCAGCGGCUUCUGAUGACAGGUGUCACAGAUACGCAGACUGUGCCAGCUGCACUGCCAAUACCAAUGGCUGUCAGUGGUGUGAUGACAAGAAAUGCAUGUCGGCCAGCAGUAACUGCAGCGUGUCUGUGAAAAACUACACCAAAUGCCAUGUGAGAAAUGAUCAGAUUUGUAACAAACUUACCAGCUGUAAAAGCUGCUCACUGAACUUGAACUGCCAGUGGGAUCAGAGACAACAAGAGUGCCAGGCUUUACCAGCUCAUCUUUGUGGAGAAGGAUGGAAUCACAUCGGGGAUGCUUGUCUCAAAAUCAAUGCCAGUAGAGAAAGCUAUGACAAUGCCAAACUCUACUGCUACAAUCUUAGUGGAAAUCUCGCUUCAUUAACGACCUCAAAGGAAGUAGAAUUUGUUCUGGAUGAAAUACAAAAGUAUACGCACCAGAAAGUAUCACCUUGGGUAGGCUUGCGCAAGAUCAAUAUAUCCUACUGGGGAUGGGAAGACAUGACUUCAUUUACAAACACCACACUGCAGUGGCUUCCUGGUGAACCCAAUGACUCUGGGUUCUGUGCGUACCUAGAAAGGGCUGCAGUGGCAGGCUUAAAAGCUAAUCCUUGUACCUCUAUGGCAGACGGUCUUGUCUGUGAAAAACCUGUUGUCAGUCCAAAUCAAAAUGCAAGGUCAUGCAAAACGCCGUGCUCCCUAAGGAUGUCCUGUUCCAACUGCACCAGCAAUGGCAUGGAGUGCAUGUGGUGCAGCAGCACCAAGCGCUGUGUGGACUCCAACGCUUACAUCAUCUCCUUUCCCUACGGACAGUGCCUGGAGUGGCAGACCGCCACCUGCUCUCCUCAGAAUUGCUCUGGAUUGAGAACCUGCGGACAGUGUCUGGAGCAGCCUGGGUGUGGCUGGUGCAAUGACCCCAGCAACACGGGGAGAGGACACUGCAUCGAAGGGUCUUCGCGAGGACCCGUGAAGCUUGUUGGAACGCACAGCAGUGAGAUGGUUCUCGACGCCAGCCUUUGUCCCAAAGAAAAGAACUACGAGUGGUCCUUUAUCCAGUGUCCAGCUUGCCAGUGUAAUGGACAUAGCACUUGCAUCAACAACAAUGUGUGCGAGCAGUGCAGAAACCUCACCACAGGAAAGCAGUGCCAGGACUGCGUGCCCGGGUACUACGGAGACCCCACCAACGGCGGGCAGUGCACAGCAUGUACGUGCAGUGGCCACGCAAAUGUUUGUCAUAUGCACACAGGAAAAUGUUUCUGUACAACUAAAGGAAUAAAAGGUGAUCAAUGCCAAUUAUGUGACUCUGAAAAUCGCUAUGUUGGUAAUCCACUUAGAGGAACAUGUUAUUACAGUCUUUUGAUUGACUAUCAGUUUACCUUCAGCUUAUUACAGGAAGACGACCGCCAUCAUACUGCCAUAAACUUCAUAGCAAACCCAGAACAGUCAAACAAAAAUUUGGAUAUUUCUAUUAAUGCAUCGAACAACUUUAAUCUCAACAUUACAUGGUCAGUUGGUUCAACAGCUGGGACGAUAUCCGGGGAGGAGACCCCCAUAGUUUCCAAGACUAAUAUAAAGGAAUACAGAGAUAGUUUUUCCUAUGAAAAAUAUAACUUUAGAAGCAAUCCUAACAUUACAUUCUAUGUGUACGUCAGUAACUUUUCCUGGCCCGUUAAAAUACAGAUUGCAUUUUCACAACACAAUACAAUCAUGGAUCUUGUGCAGUUUUUUGUCACCUUCUUCAGUUGUUUUUUAUCCUUAUUAUUGGUGGCUGCUGUGGUCUGGAAGAUCAAACAAACAUGCUGGGCUUCUCGACGGAGAGAGCAACUGCUUCGAGAGCGACAGCAGAUGGCCAGCCGUCCCUUUGCUUCUGUUGACGUAGCGCUGGAAGUAGGAGCUGAACAAACAGACUUUCUGCGAGGCCCAUUAGAGGGGGCGCCCAAACCCAUAGCCGUGGAACCGUGUGCGGGGAACAGAGCUGCUGUCCUGACUGUGUUCCUUUGUCUGCCGCGAGGCUCCUCGGGCGCCCCUCCCCCGGGGCAGUCAGGUCUCGCCAUUGCCAGUGCCCUAGUAGAUAUUUCACAACAGAAGCCUUCAGAUAGUAAAGACAAGACUUCCGGAGUCCGCAACCGAAAGCACCACCUCUCAACACGUCAAGGAACUUGUGUCUGAGAAACAGGAAUUGCCCCUGGAUAAUUUGUACCGUUUCACUUUGUCAAUGGCUUCCGUUAAGGCUGAUCUAUGGCCUCAAGUUUUAUGGAGGCAAAACUCUGGAUGGUCCCAGGACCCAAGUACAGUUCCCUGCAAAUGGGCAAUGACCCAAGUGGCCAAAGAAUGUUCAUGAGUUUUAUAGAAGUAACAGUAUUGAAGGUCAAGGGUGAUAAAGUCAGUUUUUACGACUCUCUUAGGCGUAUCCUAGAGAACAUUAAAUUGCUCUGGAAAAAGAUGUAUAUUGUUUCUUAUGCAGAUGAAAAAUAUGUAAUUCAUAUAAACCAAACUGUUUAUAUCCCAAGACAUUAAAGAAAGACAUUUUAUAAUGCCUGAACAAUGAGAAUUGUACAGUUUUUGCCUCAUAAGCAAACUUAAAAUCACUUGUAUAUGAACAGGAAAUGAAGAAAUCACAAUGGCUUUAAAUACUGUUUUCUCUCACUGUAAAUGUAACUGCAAGAUUUUGAUUUAGUAGGAUGUAGGCAGUGUAUUUAAAUAUUUCACAUGACAGUAUCACGUUCAAACUCAUUUUGAGAAUGUGGCUAUUUUCCACCUAACUGGAAUGCAGAAGCAAACGAGCACAUUCUGACGGGUGGUAGGUGCCCCUUCACAGGAGGUUUAUUAGGAUUCUGAGUGAAGAGGACCUUCCUGCCGUCCAUGCCAACCGCCUAACUCAUUAUCAGACCUGAUAGAGCAUGGGAAGGCCUGUCCAGCAAUCAGUUUCCCCUCCUUCCAAACACAGCCUCCAAUGCCUCAGACCUGCAGAGAGCGGCAAGAGCUGUUCUGCUCUAACAUGGUGAUUUUUAAUUGCCUAGGAACCGUCGGAUCAGACCUAAACAAUCCCUCUGCAUUUUUGUAAGAACAGAUCAUCUUUUUUUGGUCUUCCUCUCCCAGCUGCUAGAUUUCGUCUACCUUUUACAAAUGCGAUGGAAAGUAUUGUGAGGCGACAUCUCCCAAGUUAUAAUAUGGCCCAGGUCCCUUCCUGCCAGCCAUUUGACUGAGAAUACAAGCAGGGAGGAGUAUUUGCUGGCAAGCAUCUGCAGAAUUCUCAUUUCUAACAUGAACACAUUAGUGGCAUGAGAGAAAGUCUCCAGUGUAAAAAAUAAGUUCAUUAUUGCCCCCAUUCAGCCUAUUAUUAACAACUCAAAAUCAAAUUAUGGCAGAAAAGAAAAGUGAUGUAUAAUGGCUUUCACAUUGGGACAUAGGAUCCUGUGUGUCCUGAGUUUGAC